AUGAAGAAUCUCCAAGUUGCUCUAGGGAGCGGGAGCCUGGAUUAUGAGGACUUGUGUAUACAUCCCGAUGUUGACAUGCAUGUAGGGUAUAAGCCUUCAAAGUUUGACAUUUUCAAUGGAACGGGUGAUCCCCAUGCGCAUUUGAAGGCCUACUGCGAUAAGGUGAUCGGGAUAGGAAGAAAUGAAAAGCUGAGAAUGAAGUUAUUUAAAAGGAGUCUAACAAUAGAAGAGCUCACUUGGUAUACCCGCCAGGAUCCCAGAAAUUGGAGAGAGUGGAAAGACAUGGCAAAGGAUUUUAUGAACCGAUUCGGGUUUUAUACCGAUAUCACACCAGACAGGUUGGACUUAGUGAAUUUGCAAAAGAAACCCUCAGAAUCGUUUCAAGAGUAUGCUCGCCACUGGAGAUCGAAGGCUGCCAGAACCCAACCCCCACUCGACGAUAAUGAGCUAACCAAGUAUUUCAUCAGGGCCCAAGAGGGGAUUUAUUUUGAAAAGAUGAUAGGUAUAAUGUGUCAGAAAUUUUCUGAGCUGGUUAGGAUAGGAGACUACUUGGAGGAAGGCAUCAAAUCAGGCAAAAUACAGUCGAUGGCCACGCUGCAAGAUGCCAGAAAGGCAACACAAUCUGGUUCUAUAGGUAGUAGGAAGAAGAAGAAGAAAGAGGAAGUAGCAAUAAUUGUUCCCUACUAUCAGUAUAGUCCUCCUCACAGAAAUAAUUCCUACCCCAUAAAAACUCAUCCUUCACAUCAACCUACCUACGCCUCAGUAUAUAACACCCAACUAUACUACAAUGCUAGACCUCAAUACAACCCACCCCGAGCACCAUGA